GGGGGUGACACGGUUCUUGUACCGCUGCUAGUCGGCUCCCAGUCUCCCUCCAGCCACCCACCCAAGCGCCGCCAGAGAGUAGUCGAAUGAGCGCCGGAGGACUGGUUUGGGGAGCCGCUCCUCUCCCGCCUGUUUGCCCCCCUCCCCGCGCGCGAGUGUCAGUUCGCUCGAAGCUCCGGGAGAAGGCGAAGAAGCGCCGUGGCAUGUCCCUCGACUCAGUCCUGCCCCCCGACGUGGAGAUGAGCAAGAGCCAAGGCGGGGACACCACCUCGUAGACGCCGAGCCAGGAUGGUGCGCCUGCCGCAGCCCCUGCCUCUCGUGGUGGUGCACGGCUUCCUCCAGCUCAUAUUAUGCGAUGCUAAGCAAAUCAUACAUGCAGCAGACAUACUGGACUGGGAAGACAAAGAUGCUGCAGACACACUGGUUGACAAUGUUGUCCACUCAAGGAUCAUUAACCCGCUACGCCUCUUUGUUAAGCCAUCUCCAGCACUUAAACAUGGGCAGAUGUCCUAUUCAGACAGCACAGACAACUUUUGGGAUUGGCUAUCCAACAUCACUGAGGUUCAGGAAUCUCUUGCACGAACUAAACGCAGACCUAUUGUAAAGACUGGAAAAUUCAAGAAAAUGUUUGGCUGGGGAGACUUCCAUUCCAACAUCAAAACUGUGAAGCUGAAUCUUCUUAUUACUGGGAAAAUUGUUGACCAUGGCAAUGGGACCUUCAGCGUUUAUUUCCGGCAUAAUUCAACGGGCCUUGGAAAUGUUUCGGUGAGCCUGGUGCCACCUUCCAAAGUGGUAGAGUUUGAAUCUUCACCACAGUCAACACUAGAGACCAAGGAGUCCAAGUCUUUCAACUGUCGAAUUGAGUACGAGAAAACAGACAGGGCUAAGAAAACUGCAUUGUGCAACUUUGACCCUUCAAAGAUCUGCUACCAAGAGCAGACGCAAAGCCAUGUAUCCUGGUUGUGCUCCAAACCAUUUAAAGUGAUUUGUAUUUACAUUGCUUUUUACAGCGUUGAUUACAAACUGGUGCAGAAAGUCUGCCCUGAUUAUAACUACCACAGUGAAACACCGUAUUUGUCUUCUGGAUGAUGGACACUGUCUUUUUUUGCAAUGACUGUUAAAGCAGAUAAUGUGUCUAAAAUUCUUCUUUUCUUGGAGGACAGCGCUUCCCUGCAGGUUUAAAUAAAAAAACAAAAUGAUUUCCCCUAAAAGAAAAACAAAUCUUGUAUCAGUGGGCCCGCUCACCCAUGCAUGUUCUUUGCUUGAUGACUACAGUUUCAAGAGCAAUGUGUAUGUGUCAAUAAGCCAUCACAGACUGGAUAUCAUGGGCAGAACUUUUGUAACCACUCAGAUUCUUUCAGUAGUGUCAGGUCACACAUUCAGCUGUGAGUCAACAAGCGAUGAAUAAGUAAUGCACAUGGAUGUGUGAACCAGCCCUAAAUAUGCACUGUUCUCAUAGAUAUUUUCACAUUCAGGCACCUCAUGCCUUCUCUUUAAAAAUAUAUUUACUUUCUGGUUCUGGCAGCUGCCAUUUAUUAUGGGAAACUUUGGGCACUAGCAAUAUAUGGAUGCCGGGGUGGGGGUGGGGGAACCACGCAAGCAAUGUACAUUAAUUUCCUGUCCUAACACUCUCAGUAAAUAAUAGUUUAGGAUGUGUUGAACCACCAUCACUAUAGGGAUGUUAUUGCAGCUCUGCCAGCAAACAUGUCUAGGAAACAGUUCAGUUCAUUUUCCCAAAAUGAACAUUUGUAGGAGGUUUGAAGGAAGUUGAAAUAUUUCUAUAAGAUUCAGGAGAAAUUUUUUUGCAAGGAUAAGUUAUACACUUGUAAAGCCUAAAGUCAGGUAAAACCUGUGUAGAAACAGAAAAGUUAAAAGAAGUUAAAUGAAAUUCACUUGCUCUGUCAUGGGGAAUGAGGCAGAAUGCACAUCGCCGAGUGGGAUUGAAUUCUACAGAAGCAGGAGCAGAAGGAGCUCAUGGAGAUGAAUCACUUUCCACUUCACCCAGCAGCACUGACAAGCACUAACAUUUUUAUGCUGAACUGGGAGACUCUUGUCAACAAGUCAUUCCAUUCUAAGUAGGGUUACACCCUUCUGAGCCAAUUGACUGUGGUAGACUUAGAAGAGUACAGCUCUGCAUAAGAUGGCAUUAUGGGAGCUACUGGGAAGGCAGAGAAGCAGGUAAAAUCACACACUCCUUACACUUAUGGUAGUCAAGACCCUACCUGCUGGGAAAGGGAAAGAUGGGAAAAUCACCUCCAUUAGCACAGUGAUCAGCAGCUGGGACAAAUAAGCACGUGUUAAGACUAGUUACGGUUUGUUGUGGGGCACGGUGGUUAAGUAGAGUGAUCUACAAAGUCUAAGUCUGAUCUACACAGUUGGGCACAAAUGCCAGCAUGGUCCUCUGGAUGUUUAUAAUAGUACAGAUAAACACCAAGUAGACUAAUCCCCAGGUUUCAGUGACUCUUCAGGAACCCAUUUCUAUUAACUGCAAUAAACUGUAAUGCUGAUUUUGGUGAAGCAGCCAAGCAAAGAUUGCUUGGAGGGUCUGGUCCUUCUAUGCAAUAGAAAUGAUGUUGCAGCAGAACAAAUUGAAGGGCUCUCAUUUUUAGCACCAUAAUACUUGCCAGUUGUAGAAAAGCUUUUGGAUCAGAAAUAUGAUUUAACAACCCAGUCAGGCUUCUGUGGUCUUCAGUUUAGCUGUCCAAAUGUCAGACCUAGCAAGAUUGUUCCUGAUUCUUUAGUUUAAUCAUGGGGUGGAGAGAGAGCAGGCUAUGCCGGACUUGGAUAAACAUGCUUAGCACUUCUUGAUCCAUGAAAAAUUUUUCCUCCCUUCAUAGAAAGUCGUUUUAUUGUGCUGUUGACACAUGCAUAUCCCAUUUAUACAUUUUGUCAAACUUGUAGUUCCAGUCAGCUAGUAAGUAAUGCAUAUUGUUCUUUGAACAGCAAACAAAAAGCUAAGUCAUCUAAGCAUUUAACCAUUGCUGAAAGUAUCAAAAAGGUUACUAAAAGAAUCUGUCCAAAGAGAAGUUUACAAGAUUAGAAACCAUGACAACGGUGUUCUGGGAUUGUAAUUAGCUAUGUUCAAUCUUCUUGUGGAGAAAGGUGAGGUAAAACACCACAGAUAAAGAGUAUUUUGAAAAUACAUAGCCCUAGAACUCAUAUCUUGUAUAAUUUCUUACAGGAAGCAUUAGCGACAGGUUGUAGUUGUCCACUGUGGCACUCAGUGGUAAUGAAUGAUUUCCCCCUGAUUCUGUAUCAUACAACAGUCGACCACAACUGAGAUGUAAAGGGUUACACGCAUAAAAGUUUUUCACCCUCUUACUUCUGAGAAGCCACAUUUCCUUCUCCAUACUUACUGAUCACAUUUGCAAAAUGUAUAGACAGGCAAGGCUAGUCUAGUAAGAAGAUGCUUUAGUGACAGUUUAUCACCAAUAGUUGACAAGAUUAGAGACUCGUACAUGUACAAGAACCAAUGGCCAGAAAUUGCAUCAGUAGUUCUAGAUCAUUCUCUUUCUUUUGAAAAAGAGGAAUUCCUAAGCCUGAAGACUUA